AUGGCCACAGAAGCCCCUGUGAAUAUAGCCCCCCCUGAAUGCAGCACUGUUGUCAGCACAGCAGCUGACAGCUUCCUUUGGCAGCCAGACUCACUAAACAUGCACGUCACGAGGCCCAAGUCCGCCAAGGGACGUACUCGGCCAAGUCUGCAUAAGCCCGCAGGCACGGAGGGAUGCUGCAGCCUCACACCAUCUUCACCUCCAGCCAUUCCCUGCGAGUCGCCGAGCAGCCAGAAACCGGGAGCCUGCACACCCAAGUCUCCGAAUCAGGGAGCCCCCGAUGAGAUCCCGGAGCUGCUGCAGCAGGUGCCCAUAGGGGCAUCCUCUUCCCUCAAUAAAUACCCAGUCCUUCCUUCCAUCAACAGGAAGACCCUGGAGGAGGGGGCCCUGGAAACAGUUGCUGAAAAGGCUGGUUCCCUGCAGCUGAGCAGCGCCCAGGCUCUUUACCAAGCGGAGACCUGCACCGUGAAGAUGAGUGAAGCAGAUUCCCGAGCUCAACCUUGUUCCCUGGAGAGGAAGUUCAUCGUGCGGACCAAGAGACAAAGCUCCUACAGGGCCAGGGACCUGGAGGAACCGUCGGAUCAAGAGCCUAGGCUGCUGCUUGCCGUCAGAUCACCAUCCGGACGGAGGUUUGUCCACCACUUCCGGCCAACUGAUGACUUAUACACCGUUGUCGCCGUGGCCGAACACAAGAACAAGGCCACCUACCGACACCGCAGCAUUGAAACGAUGGAGGUGCCCAGGAGACAUUUCUCUGACCUCACCAAGUCUCUGCAGGAGUGCGGAAUCCUCCACAAGUCGGUGCUGGGCAUCUCACAGGAAGAUGGGGAGGGAUGGCCCUGA